GGCCAGGUAUGAAAUACAAUAAAUGAUCCUAAUUUUAAGUUUGACAAACUAUCGCGGACAAAACGGUUAGCUGCCGAAACGGAUAACAUUCAUAAAUACAGUAGGCCUACUACCUAUUAAUAUAGCCAACAUGAAGUUUCGUGUUAGGCUCAAGCUAGCUCCCACCAAUCAACACCGCGGAUUUCACGUAAAAUUGUCAAAACAAUAUCCACGGCUUUUAUUUACCCUGCAUUAAUUUAAGUAUAAAGGAGUCACGGUUGGUUUGGCCGUAACUGUUAUGUUAGUGAUUGGAGCUUGAUGUUUAGAAACGGAAGUGCGAGUCUGCUACCAGGUCAAGUCGCUAGAUUUCACAGCGGCCGCUGUAGAUUUUAAGUCCCUCCUUACCAUCUAUUUCACAGCAUAAAAUAUUGUUGUCUUAAGUUCUCAGCGUAGAGUGUAACCGUUUUUAGCGCGUUUUGAAGAGGAUUGGUCGUAAACCAACACUAAUCAUCUGUGUGGUGAUCCAAUGCUCUCUUGGCUUGAUAACGGCUUUCGUCAACUCGUUCGCAGCCUAUUGUGCUCUUCGUUUUGUCGUUGCAGCGGCCUCUAUUGGCAUAUUCCUGGUUGCUUUUAUUAUAGCAACUGAGCUCGUUGGGUUAAAAUGGAGAACCGUAGCUGGGACCUUGAUACAAGUCUAUUGGGCCGUUGGUAUAAUGUUGCUGGCGCUUAUGGCCUACUUCAUUCGAGAUUGGACGAAACUUCAGAUAGCGUUGUCUGUCCCGACUGCAUUUGGUCUCUUCUACAUGCCGUUAUUGCCAGAGUCGGUAAGGUGGUUGCUUUCGCAAGGUGCGAUUGAAAAGGCAGAAGUUAUUAUUCAGAAGGCAGCUAAAGUCAACAAUAUCACAAUUCCGGUACAUCCGUUUUCAGAAAAAGUGACAAAGACCGACGAUGGUACUACGAAUCAUAAACAUACACUUAUCGACCUAUUUCGAACACCAGUUCUCCGAAUGCGAACGUUGAAUAUUAUGUACAACUGGUUUGUUAUCGUAAUGGUUUACUAUGGAUUGUCUUUGAGCACAUCUGACCUUGGUAUUGAUCCAUAUUUAGCAUUUAUGCUGUCAGGUCUCAUAGAAAUUCCUGCGUACAUCAUCAGCAUAUUCGCCAUUGAUUACAUUGGUAGAAAAAUAGUUCUCAGUCUUAGUUUGCUUCUCGGGGGAUUGGCUUGCCUCCUUACAGUGUUCAUUCAUCCCGGCGUAGUACGCGUCACCAUUGCGAUGGCCGGAAAAUUUGGACUCACGGCUGCUUUUGGCAUAGUUUACGUCUAUUCCGCUGAAAUCUUUCCAACACCAGUCAGGAGUGCUGGAUUGGGAUUAGCUUCGAUGUCUGGUCGUGUAGGUAGUAUUGUAUCACCACUUGCUUUAUACAUGGGUGAGUGGUGGACACCAUUACCCCUCGUCCUUUUCAGUUCCAUGUCCUUCACCGGAGGUUUGAUUUGUUUGUUUCUUCCUGAAACAAUGGGCAGGAAGUUACCGGAAACUUUACAAGAAGGAGAACAAUUUUCCUCAAAGCCUACUAGAAGUCAAGAAACGUACUCCAUGGUUGAUAAGUUCAAAACUGAAAGCGUUGCAGAACCAGCAGUUUAAACGAUGUCUCUAAGGUGACACAUAAAAGCACGAGACCAGAGAGUAGCCAUGCUGAGAGGUGAUGCGGAUUUCUUCUGAUUUCUCUGUAGUAACUAUGAACAUAUUAGUGGAAAAAUAUAUAUAACUGUAUAUUUUUUUUUUCUAAAUGAUUAUUACUUUUAAUAAGAAAAUCAUCGAUAAAUUAACUAUUAGGGAUGAUCAAAAUGGCGUAUCAUCUUGGUGAUAAUACAGUAUAGACAUUGUUUAGCUUAAGAUAGUUAAUACAUUUUUCGGUGGAACAGUAUUUAAUGUUGAUUCAUGUGUGUUAAUAGAGCAAAUAUAAAAAUAUAUUGUUUAGCGUUACCUUUCCUCCCCUGAUUUCUGGACCCUUGUCUGAUUUAAUAAUAGUAAUAAAUAAUAGUACGUUAGACUUAAGCCUAUGUAACUCUUCAAGCUUAGGCAACUCUUCAUGCGCAGAAGUUUAAGCGCGUCUUUAAGAUUAUUUUCUUUAAAAAGAAAAUAAUGAUUAUUGAUAUCUUCAAACUAAUCCUUCUUCUUGCCUAGCUGCCACCGUCAUCAUAUUGACGAUUUGGGCUACCAUGCAGGAAAGACUCGCCUUAACUUUAGUUCUAUAAAAAUGAUGAAUUUUUUGUCUUUUUAAAAUAGCAUAUUCACUAAUGAUAAGCCUAUUAGUUUAUAUUGAAAAAAAACCCCCAAAUAAUUCUAGAACUUUUAUAGCUUAUUUUUAAAUAAUGAAUUAAAAUCACCCUUAGAAUUACUACAUAAAUAGACUAGUGAUAAUUCUAUUGGCUGGAUGGAUGGAUGGGUGGACGGAUUUUUUUGGUGUAAACACUAAAGAUAACCCACGGAAGUCUGAAGAAGACCGAGGACCUUUCUACGGUUCAACGCACACACUACAGUGUUACCACCAGUUUAGCCGACUGAGCUAAGCAUGAGAUUUGACGUUUUAGUCCAGCUGUCCCUGCAUUGGCAAGCUAACGUCGUGUCAAGUGAUUAGUAGGCCUAGUGUAUUUUGUUCGUCGUCGAUUGUAAGUGGACUUCUUCCCUCAUUGUUUUGUAUGUGACGCUAAAAAUAUAGGUCUACAUCUUAUAUUUUUUCUUUAGAAAGUUGUCAAUGGUAGGUGGAAAAUCGGAUGAGGGCGCGGGUGUCUACUAUUACCACAUAGGAUUGCUUCUAUUUCCAUCUCGGCAUUGCGAGUGCAUCUUAUUGAUUGAUUGGCUGAUCGGUCGAUAGGUUCGAUUAAAAGAUUGGUCGAUGAAUCGCUAUAUCGAGUAAUUGAUUAAAUGACCUAUUGUAAAUACAAGUUUAGUUGUACUAACUCAACCAGUACUCGCGUUUUUGUUUUUGUUUUUUUUUUUGUUUUUAGGAGUUUAUUACAGAAUUAUUUAUAUUUACAAUUUGUACCUCAAACACAGACAGGGUAAAAUAUGAAAACGCUUGGUAUCGAUGAUCACGAAGGCUACUGACUACUUUAUUACCAGGCAUAAAUGGUUGAUGAGACGCUGAUAAGACGAACAUUUGCGAUUGUCUCGGAGACCGCUACUUAAUGUAGCGAUCGACGAAGCAAUAGUAAGCGAUUUUUUGGAGGAUUUACAAAUCAGUAAAGUUGAACAGAGUUUAUAUAGAUCAACUCUUCCAUAAAUACAUUACCGUGUGUCUUCGACAGCCAUCCGUAAUUUACGGAAACUAUGCUUCAGUCGAUGAUGUUUAUCAGUGAUAACACGUGCCUUAAACUGUACCGUAGAUUGUAGUUUAAGUAUCGUUUUCAUGUCAAUGUCUUCCUCACAAAAUAUAGAAUAAGACCAUUUUUAUAUUUUUAAAGGAACUUUUUAUAUAUAUAUAGAUCAUAAAAUAAUAGGCAUGAACAAAUCUUUUCUUAUAAUGUAGUAAUUUUCAAUUGAUGAAUAUAUUUGUAUUUAGCCAGAUUGCAAAUCUGUAUAAUUUGGUUGUUAAAAAAAGAAAGAUUCGAAUCAUUAUUCAUGGAUUGAUUAAGCUAUGUAUAUUAUUUUGUCUUCCUCUGAAAAAUGAAAUAGAACGACUUUUAUUAUCGGUUUCGAAGAAAAAUUUCGUAGAAAAUGGUAUUUGCAUGCAGUACUCUUUUUAAAUGUGUAGAAAUUGUCAUUGAUUAUUUUUUAUUUAAAUUUCAAAUAUAUGAUUCUCAAAUUUUGUAGACUGAUUUUAUAUUAUAUUCAAACAGAAAAAUGUAGAAUUCUUAAUACCUGUAACAUCUAUGUGAACAUUUAUUGGUAUUUCAUAUUUUUGUUAUAAUAAAAUUAUACGCGGUUGUUUCUUGCAAUAAAUUUAGUGACAUAUUCUUAA